AUGGCGCGGUGGUUGUCAUUCUUUGCAGAAUACAACUUUACGGUCGAGUACAAACCAGGACGACUUAAUGUCGUCGCUGAUGCACUCUCACGUCGUCCCGACUUUGAAACAGUCGCGAAACCCAACAGUGAGACAGUCACUGUUGCGGUUAUGACGUCCUCAGUUCCAUCUACAACGUUGUAUGAUGAUGUGAGGCGGGCAUACGCCCAAGAUGACCGAUACACUACUCGUAACGGUUUACUGUACUAUACAGCCGUUUCUGGUGACACACCACGUGUUGUCAUUCCAGAUGAUACUGAUCUGCGUUUGCGGAUCAUGUUCGAGUAUCACGAUGCUCCUAUAGGAGGACAUCGUGGCCGAGAGAAAACAUAUCUCACGGUAAGUCGAGACUUUUACUGGCCCCGCCAGUAUCAGUUUGUGCGAAAGUAUGUUCGCGCAUGCGAAGUCUGCCAACGAGUGAAGUCAAGUCCUUCACUGCGUGCACCUUUACAGCCUCUACCGGUUCCGGCUGAGUGCUGGGAAUCCAUCUCAAUGGAUUUCGUCUUCGGGUUACCCAAAGACGCACGCGGGAAUACGGGUAUUCUCGUAUUUGUUGACAGAUUCAGCAAAAUGGUACACCUUGUGGCUGUACCAGAGACAAUCACGGAAAGUGGCUGUGCUUGUGUCUUUAUUGACACCAUCUUCCGACUUCAUGGGUUGCCCCGUGAACUCGUAUCAGACAGAGAUCCACGAUUCACUGCUGAUUUCUGGCGUUCCGUGUUCAAAUCACUCGGAACGCGCUUGAAGAUGUCAACAUCUGAUCAUCCAGAGUCAGAUGGUCAGACGGAACGUGCCAAUCGUGUCCUUGAAGAGAUACUUCGAGGAUACGUACACUCCUUUAAGAGUUGGAGUGAGUUUUUGCCAAUGGUAGAGUUUGCCAUCAACAACUCGGUGCAUGCGUCCACGACACAUACACCGUUUUACGUGAAUGGCUUGCGCCAUCCGCGUGUACCCACCUUACUAGAGUGUAACUCUGGUUUAAGGGGGGGAGGGACUCGCGCGAGCAAAAACCGAAUUGGUUCACGCUCAUCACGCUCUGACGAAGAAGUCAUUGCGUUUGAUGCCGAUAUCGAUAACAUCGAUAUCAAAGAAGAUGAUGCCAGUGAGAGUGCGGAAGCCCUCACUGAAGAAGAUGACCCCAGUGAGAGUGCGGAAGCCCUCACUGAAGAAGAUGACCCCAGUGAGAGUGCGGAAGCCCUCACUGAAGAAAAGGUUGUUGUCGCUGCAGUGCGCUCACAGCACACUGAAGCUAACGAGUCAUCAGAUGAGUUCAUACUGGCUCGUGAAACGGUAGUCCGUUUUGUGCAAGACUCCAUCGCCGAAGCGGUGACUUAG